UUUUUCAGAAAUUUUUUCAGAAUUUUUCUGAUUUUUUCAGAAUUUUUUUUUUCAGAAUUUUUCUGGUUUUUUCAGAAUUUUCAGAAUUUUUCUGAUUUCUUUUCAGAAUUUUUCUUCAGAAUUUCUAUCAGUUUCCUAGCUAAUGUAAGCAUGCCCUUGAGUAGCGAGCCUACCUUAUUAUGUGAAUAUGUUAUCUACGGGGUCUCGGGUACAAAAGAUCAACUCUCAAUUUUAACCGAUUUAUCCUUACCCAUAUCAUCUCCCUCAACCUCGACUCCCUCCACUCAACAACAUAUAUUUCCUCAUGGUGAGGGUAUUACUCGUUGUUUGUGUUGUAAAACUACCCCUACAACAUCUACAAAUGCUUCGAAUUUAACAAACUUUGAAAAACAACAUUGGAGGUUGAUAGAGGAGGUUUUGAAUGAUGCCGAAUUUCAUCAGUUGCUUUUGGUGGGCAAAAAAAAUUUUUUAUUUUUUUAA